GGAGAGAGAGAGAGAGAGAGAGAGAGAGAGACUGAACGGUGAUUGAGAGAGAAGAGAGCUGAACGGCGGUGGCGGCAGCCAUCUUAAACCUACCGCACUAAUCCGAGAUAUACAUCUUCUGGAUAUUUUUUGCAACACUUUGCUAAAUCAGAUUUUACCGGGCGAGAGGAGACAGAAUAAGAGUGCUUAAAUCCUUUGCUGUUUUUAUUACGAAGACGGGAUGCGGAUCCGCGGGGUGAAACCUUCCGCUUCUGCGGUAGCUCUGCUUUUAGGACUAUUAUGCGCGGUGGAGGCAGCCAAAGUAAAUAAGCACAAGCCAUGGAUUGAGAACACGUAUCAUGGUAUCGUAACGGAAAAUGAUGACAAAGUUCUCCUGGACCCUCCGCUGAUAGCCUUGGAUAAAGAUGCCCCGCUGCGCUAUGCAGGUAAGAUCCUCCAUCUUCUGGUCUCAUAUGAGGCUGUCAGCCAUUUUGCUUCCUCAUGCUUUCCAGACCAUGAAGAGAUAGGUCACCUAAAAGUGAAAGUUCUGUCAUUAUUUCGUCCAUUUUCUUUUCUAAGUGUGCUUUUCUGUUAAAUUAAAAAGUGAAUG